UACAAGCACGUUAGCAGUAAGCCAGCAGAAUCAGAAAUUAGUCCCUCAAGUUCAAUAACAUGUUUGAAAGAUCAGAAUGCAACGCAAAUCUGCUUCAAGGUAUAAAAGUAAUAUGAUCUUAAAAACAUAUUAAAGUGCAUCUUCGCUAAAAAUGCGGGGGCGUGAAGUAUUUGCAAAUGUUAGCGAGUGGACGAUUUCCAACAAGGAUUGGAAGGCUUUUGGGCUUUAGAUGAAACCAUUCUGCCGUAAGAUCUAUGGCCCUGUUCGCUUGGGAGAAGGGUUCCUAGGAUUGAAUGAUGGUGCUGCGGUGAAAAUGGAAGAAAAUACAUAUUUCUUUGGUAGCGGAAUACGGAAUAGAUUUGACAUUCAGAUUAAUUGGCUGGGGUAAUCUAACUAUGUCUCUACCGAUACCUGUACCUAAAUACCGAUGUGUAUACAUACCUAUGUACAUGCAUGUGUACAAGUCUUCAUGCCUGUUAUACAUAUGUGCGUCACGAUUACCCGCAAAACGCUGAAACUAAACUAGAAUAUAUGUAAACACUAAUUAUUAAAGAGCACGAAGGUACUGAAAAACAAGCAAACAAGAAAUGAGGAAAAUUGAUAUACCAAUGCCAGCAAAACAAUUUAUUGGCAUCCCAAACAAUGUCAAUUGAAAUUGCAGGCGUGCUGUGCCUAAGUGUUAAAAGAUUACAUCCAACGGUUCAUGUUUUGUACACAUAUAAGUGCAUACGUGCAUACAUACAUUUUUACAUGCAUUUUUUGUAUCAAAAAAUGAAAAUGUACAAAUUGAACCGCAAGAGAUUAAAUGAAUAGUAUUAACGCUAUAUACAUACAUAUAUGUAUAUGUAGAUAUAUGCUUUGAAAAUAUGUUUACCUGCUCGCUGAGCGCACAAAAGUACACCCACACAAAAAUAGGUAGGCCAUCACACAGGCAAUACAAACCUUCCGGGAAGUGGUCGCUAGUGUAAAAGGAUCGCCGUAAGAUGACUGCGCUCAGUCAGCAAAAUAUCUAUUUGUUUGAGAGAGCAUUGAAGCAGAAAUUCCUAAACCUGUUUACCAACAUACAUUUUCGAUUUUGAGCAUCGCGCGCAAGUGCACAGGUUUAAGAGCAUUGAUUUUUGCUCGAUGCCUGCAGUCUUCAAUGAGUUUCACAUUCGAAAGCAUCUUGGGCGCACAGCGUAGCUCUAAAAACUUUGAUUAAAAAAAUAAACAAAAUUUUAGCGCCUCUCAAAGGCCGGCAAUACAUAUGUAUAAGUAACAAUAUGUCUGCAACAACAAGUAGUGGCACAAGUAGCGCGAGUGACAAUUCAGUAACGGACGGAGAUUCCAGUUUUAAAUUCGCCAAUAAAACAUUGCAAGACUAUGAAGUUAUAUCGGUCAUUGGCAACGGCACAUUUGGAACGUGCUUCAAAGUGCGCGACAAACAAACCGGUGAGCUGUAUGCCUGGAAGGGCAUCGACUACGACGAAUUGAGUGAAUCUAAGAAGGCGUCGUUGGUGUCGGAGAUACGGGUGCUGCGUCAACUACAACAUCCCAAUAUUGUGCAAUAUUAUCAUCAUUUGGUCAAUCAUGAAGCCAAGUCCAUAUUCAUUGUAAUGGAAUGCUGCGAGGGUGGAGAUUUGGCGCAGCUAAUUAAACAUGCGCGCACGGAUCGUAAGCGCUUCGAAGAGCGUUAUAUCUGGCGCGUGCUAUUUCAGGUCUGCAAAGCGCUGCAGGUAUGCCACAAUAAAAUAAGGAAAGGCACUAUUUUGCAUCGGGAUAUAAAACCUGCAAACAUAUUCCUUGACGCGCAAGGAAACGCUAAGCUAGGAGAUUUCGGCUUGGCGCGUAUGCUACGUAAAAAUCAAGAUUUCGCAGCUACUUUUGUCGGCACACCCUACUACAUGAGCCCAGAAAUCGUCAAGGGAUCGAAAUACGAUCGCAAAUCGGAUGUGUGGGCGGUGGGUUGCCUGGCAUACGAAAUGUGCGCUCUCCGCACGCCCUUUCAGGCACCGAAGUUUGAUGAGCUCACUUUGAAUAUUUCGAAUGGAAAGUUUAGUCACAUACCGGAUGUGUACUCCGGGGACCUGCAGGAGAUUAUUGCCUACAUGUUGUCGGUGGAUAGUGAGCAGCGUCCCAGCAUUGAAGUGAUAACGCGUCAUCCAAUCGUCGUACGGAAUAUAACUGAAUUAGGUAACAAAUUUCCAACUCUGAUAAAAGCUGAGGCCGAUUUCUUUGCAGCCGAAGAAAAACCGGAGGUACGUUGUAAGCUGCAAUACAGC